AUGAGGACAACUCCAAAUAGUGUUAAGGAAACAGCUUCUAAGGCUUCAACUCAAGAUUAUAAAAAAUAGCAAUCGCAACCAACUGUUAGCAUACCGGAGUCUAGUUAAUUGUUUCACAUACCAUAGAAAUAUUGUCAGCAGAGAUUCAAGCCUUAGCCUACGAUUUCGAAAUCUAUUGAAGAGAAGAGAUACAAGGCGAAUAAAAAUAAUUUUUCAGAAAUUAACAAUAGAACCAACAGUAGUUCUAAAAGUCGCAUAUCAGCAUUCACAAGCAAUCAAAUAGAGGAUGAAUCAAUGUAUAGUUCAUAAAAUGCUUUAAAAUUAAAAAAAUUAAUAGGGGAUUCGUAGACUUUGAAUGCUCAUCUAUAUAUCUCAAAAUCUAAUUUGACAUGUGAUUCAACAAGUCCAGGAGUAAGAUAGAAUAAAUCAGGAUACAAAAAGUAGAAUGAUUUAGACAUAGCAUAAAUUAAUAUGUUGAGAGAAAAGACACUAAUGCAGAAGAAGGCUUAUUAAUUGUAAUUCACUUAAUCCAAAGACUUAAUGGAUUAAUUAUUGAAUUUGGACAGAUAAAUUUAAGGAACAGUGCAAGAACAAUCAAAAAAAUUGCUCUAUUUAAAAUCGAGAGGUUUAUGGGAACCAUUCAAAGAUUUGUUCAAUAAGCAAUUCGCAAGAACAUCUUUAUAAUAUAAGUCCUCCUUAAAUUUAUUGUAGAUUCAGGUAAGAGAGAUUGAAUAACAAUGGCAAGAUAUAACAAUGAAUAUUACUAAUAACAUAUUUGAGUUGAUGUAAAAUUCUGCAGUUCUUAUGUCAUAUGAAUAGGACUUAAAAUUGAAUGAAAUGAUAGAACAAAUGAGAAGAGAAAGGGAUAUUUGGUAAAAUAAUUAUAAAUCUCUUGAAUAAGAAAGAGACAUCUUGUUAGAGACAGUAUCUUAAUUAAAAUAAACAUUAGAGAAGAUAAAACCCUAAUAACAAUAAUAAUAAUCUAAGAAAGGAAAAGAUAUAGACUAAUUGGAAACUCAUUAAUUGAAAGAGAUGGCUCAAUUGAUGCAAGACAAGAUUUAGGAAAUGUCUGAGAAGGAAUCUAAGUUAAUCAAAUUAGUAUUAGCAAUAAAGAGAUCAGGAAUUGAUAUUGAAAAAAUAUACAAUGAGGAAGUUCUGAAUGAAGAUUCGAUUUCAGAAUAACAGAAUCAGUCUAUUAGAGAAAAAAAAUAGAUGAUAACAAAAUUAGAAAAGAGCUAUAAUGAUGCAGAUAAUUCAGUUGUUAACGAUUCGGAUGAAUCCAGUUUCUAAUAUAAUGGAAGAUUGGAAGAUGAGAGUAUAGUAGAGAGUAUCCGAAGAUUUGAAAAUAGAAUUUCAAAUAAUGCAUAUGCCUUAGAAAGUAAAAGUUAAGUAAGGAUGAAGAUUGAUUUGUCUAAAUGUAAUCAGAAUCAAUAAAAAAUCCAAUAGUUAUAAUAGUUACAAUAAUAAUAAUUAGUUAAGAAACAACAAUAACAGCAAUAGAAUACUAUAAAUAAAUUAAAAAUACCUGAAUAAGAUCCCUUAGGAUUUCAUUAAGAAUUUAUGAUGAAGUUCAACGAGUUUUCAGAGAGUUGGAGACUGCAAGUCUUAAAAGAUGAGAAAAAGAUAAAUUAAUGA